AUGCAAAUCAUAGGGAUCCUUUUCCUAACAAUUGCUUUAGUUGAUGGGAAACUGUAUGAGAAAUGUGAACUUGCAAAAGCCAUGAAAAUUUUGGGACUGGAUGGAUAUCGAGGAUACAGUCUGCCAAACUGGGUUUGCACAGCUUUCUACGAGAGUUCCUUUCACACAGACAACAUAAACUUCAACCCUGGAGACAACAGCACUGAUUACGGUAUUCUUCAAAUAAACAGCCGAUGGUGGUGUAAUGAUUACAAAACACCAAGGGCCCACAAUGCUUGCAAGAUUGACUGCUCAGGUAAGUUAUCUGUAUUGUACUGUUUUUUUCAUGACGUAAGAAUGGUUUUUAUUAGGGAUCCACCAAUAGCAAGUAUUUUCAAGAGUACUCGGACUCGUGAAAAUACUCCCGAUACUGUAACUGAAACUUUGUGGUGCAAUUUGCGUUAA